AAACCCACAAAGUGUUAAAGUCAAAAAAAAAAAAAAGAAGAAAGAAAGAAAAAUCCCUACAGUUCUAUUAACUUGGGGAAGUAAUAGAACAAAGCAAUUUCGGAUAGAAGAAGUGAAGAAGCCACGAUGCAGGCGAACGAAUUUGAUGGAAACGCGGCCUUUUCCGGCGGCGGAUUCAUGCCUUCUCAGGCCACGCAGACCGCCGCCGAUCGUUCCUCCUUCUCUUCCUCCAAAAAUAGUGAUGCGCGGUGCUUGAUUCCACUUACAGUGAAGCAGUUGAAGGAUCUCUCAAGAGGUGGAGAAUCUGGUAUUUCCAUUGAUGGUGUUGAUGUCAACAAUAUUGUGCUAGUGGGGAUGGUAUCCAAGAUAGACAAUGCUGUUUCAGAUUGUACUUUCAGAGUUGAUGAUGGCACUGGAUGGGUUGAAUGCACCAAAUGGAUUCAUGAACCUGUAGACUCAGCCGAAGUUGAUGCGAUCUCGGUUGGAAUUUAUGUUCGUGUCUAUGGCCAGUUAAAAAGCAUCCAAAGUAGAAGGACCUUACACACCUUUUCCAUUCGGCCUCUUACUGAUUUUAAUGAGAUUGUAAACCACUUUGCUGAGUGUAUAUAUGUUCAUCUUUACAACACCAAGUUGCGGGGUGGUGUGACCACUCAGCCUCAGGUGACAAAUUCAGUUGUAAGCAACCCGAUAAAGGGCUACCAAACUAACCUGUCAAACCAGUUAUCUGGCCAGUAUAACACCGAUGAACAACAGAUCCUCGGUGUAAGUUCAAUGGUCUUAAAUUACUUGCGUCGACCAGCAUGCCUUGCAUCUGAGACUGGGGUACGCUCUGAUGUCGUGGCUCGAGAACUAAAUAUUUCGUUGGAUAAAAUCAGGACAACUUUAGAGUAUCUUUCAUCAGAGGGCCUUGUUUACACAACCACUGACGACCAUUACAAAUUUACUGAUGCCUGAUGUACAGAGUAAUGGCAGUCAGCAGGACCAAAACUUUAGUUACUCGUUAGUAUUUCCCUCUCCUUUUGGUUAUAUAUAUAUAUAUGAUAGAAGCGUUGUAUGCAUAUUGAUAUUAGAAAAGGUAAUGCUUUUGCAAGGGAAACAUAUUGGUUUAGAAAUUUGGAUUUUAUAUAUUUGUAGAAUUUAGACUGUUUGCGGCGAGAAGCCGCCAACAGUACCUGCCCCUGCUAUUGAACUGACCCUCAAUUAGGGAUGCUGAUGAUCUUUGCUUCGAUGA